AUGAGUUUGAGUGUUGGUGGUGUUGGCAGUAGUAAUGAUUCAUCAGAAAAUCUUUUAAACAUGCCGUCAAUUUUUGAAUCACCAAAUCUUUUUCCUAUUAAUAAUGAGAAACCUGGAACAAUUUUGUCACCGCCACCAACACCAUCGAAACAAAAACAUUCAACAAAAUCCUUUGAACCUCAACCAUAUAUUUCAACACCUGAUAACUUCGAUUUUAAAAAAAUUGUGUUUUUAAUUGUGUUUUUAUGGGCAGUUGUCGUAUUUUUAGCUAGUCUGGGUGGCAUAGGACCUGUUGACAAUGAAUUACUCCUUUAUAAUAAUAGAGAUUCACAUAGCAGUGAAUCAGAGUAUGAUGAGGAAGUCACAGUCACAGUCACUGAACAAUUACCAUUACCCAUCACUGAAAGCAUUGUCGUUAUACCUACUACUAUUAAUAUUAACGAAAAUCCUGAAUUAUCAGACAAUUCGUUAAAUUCGGAACAACUUGGAGUAUUUAAUAAACUUAGGAAAAAAAAGAAAACCAAAUACGAAGUCAAUGAAAACAUCUAUAAUAUAACAGAUAGCAAAAUCAUAGUUGAUUACUCUAAUUAUACAUACAUUGCUGCAAAACCUCAUUUCACUCAUAUUGAUGUUAUUCAAUCGCUUUCAACUGAAGAUCUUGAUGAAUUUUCUGCUCUAAAAAUAGCUCAACAAAAUACUGAUGAUAGUUUAGACCAUUCUUGUGGGUCAUGGCAGAAAACAUAUAUAAAAUUACACGAAGAUAUUCUGAAUGGUGUUGAAUCCCAAAGAUAUGUAAGUUAUGUAUGUGACUCCAAAGUAAAUUGUGGUGGAUUGACAGAACGUAUUCUUGGCAUGACAUCCACAUUUUUAUUUGCAUUACUAACAGAUAGAGCAUUUUUAGCAGAUUGGCAAGUUCCUUUUCCACUUGAUACAAUUUUUAAUUCACCAAACAUUGACUGGAGUUAUGAUUCUCUUGAUCCUGAUGAUUCUAUUAAAAAUCUUCAAACAAGUGAAUUAAAUAUUAUUGAUUAUGAUCCUGAAAAUUUAGAUUAUCAUUUCCUGUCUACAAAUUGGACAACAAGAUAUCCUGAUUCAUUCAUAAAACUUUACACAAAUCAAGGACUGAUAAUACAGAAAACCUUUAAUUCUAAAUAUUACUCUACUAAAUUAAAAGAAAUCGGAUUAAGACCGCACACAGCAUUUAGUUGUGUUUUAGAUUAUUUAUUUAGACCAGUUGCACCAGCAUUAUCAUUUAUCACUGAAUAUUCAGCUUUAUUUGCACUUCCUUCUAUUUUUUCUGUUGGCAUUCAUAUUCGAACUGGAAACACUUUUGAGCAAGAUCAUUUAUUACAAGAUUAUAGUCAUUUCUUUAGAUGUGCUGAACAACUUAGAGAAACUUAUGCAGCACCAGAUCAAAAAGGUAUUUAUUAUCUUGUCACAGAUUCUAAUAAAUUAAGAGAAUCCUAUACAAAACUUGAAAAUGUUAUAAUUUCUGGAUUACCAAUUAAUACUGGGCAUAGUAACUAUGAUCACCCAGAUGAUGUAAAUAAUGCCAUAAUUGAAAAUUGGAUCCUAGGCAAAACAGAUUUUCGAGUAAUAUCACAAGGCGGUAUUGGUAAAUUGGCAGCUUUUCAUUCAAAACAGCUUCAUUCUACCGUAUUAUUACCUCCAAUAGAAACAAAUUUUGUAGAUUGUACACGUGAGUAUUAUAAUCCUUCUUCAGUUCCUUCAGUAUCAAAUGAAACAAUAACUGGUAGAUUUUUGAUAAAUAACAGUAGCAUUUCUAAUCUUAAUCUUAUUGACAUUGUCAAUCUUGGUAAACUUUCUAACAAUAAUACGGAAAAUUGUGCAACUAUUCCUAACAAAAUAUUAAAUAUCACUUCAAAAGGGACAAUAAUAUUGGAAGAUAUUCAUUUCCCUAUUGAGACCAAUAUUAGUAUAUAUAAUAACAAUUCACAAGAAAAACAAAAUGUUAAAGAAACAAAGACACCAUUUGGUAAUGAUUUUUUUCAAAAUCGGAAUGUUUGUGAUGAACUGAAUAAUAAUAGUCAUGACAUUUUAAAUCACAAUAAUAAGAGAAACUUUUCAGAUUUAGAUUUUAACAAUUCAUCAUCUGAUCCAACCAUUAAACCGCCAUUUACAUACGCAUCAUUGAUAGGUCAAGCUAUCUUAUCUUGUUCAAGUAAAAAAAUGACAUUAGGUGAAAUUUAUACAUGGAUAACGUAUCGAUACCCAUACUAUAAGAAGGAUCAUAAAGGCUGGAUGAAUUCAAUUAGACAUAAUCUUUCAUUGCAUAGUGUAUUUGUAAAAGAAUCAAAUGUCAGAAAUGGUAGAAAAGGCGGUUAUUGGACUAUACUACCAGAAUUUCGAGACUGUUUUGUAAAUGGUAUCUAUCGACAUGAAAAGAUGUCUACAUAUAAAAAACAAGCUAUAAAAGCUGAAAAGGAACCAUCUGAAAAAAAAUCACCUGAAAAUAACAAAACAAUAAUAGUAACAGAAUCACAACAAACUCAACCACACGUAUCUCAGAAUGAUAUUGACAAUAUAUUGCCAAUUGAAUCAUUAGUAGGGCCGAUAGAUCCAUUCCAAUUAGUAGCAGAACCACAACAAACACAUACAUACAUGUCUCAAAAUGAAGUUAAUGACUUGUCAUCAAUUGAGAAUAACAUUGAAUCAUUAAUAGGAUCAAUCGAUACAUUCCCAUUCGAUGCAAGUAACAUUGAUGAAGACCUUAUUGCUUGUGUUAAUGCUACCGAUAAUGUGGAUUUAGCAGAUUGGAAAUCUAUUUGUGACAUUAUUUCAAAUUUACCUAAUAUAGAUGACAAUUAA